AUGUCCUUCUGGAGCCUGGUCGCUGCUAGGAUGGGCCCUUGGUGGGCUCUGUGGCUGAUCCUUAUUACCCUUCCCCAAAUCCCGGAGGGCCAGACUCCAGCCAAGCCUCAAGGCUUUCCCCAGCUGACGAACUUUGAAGAUGACAAGUUUCAGGGAGAAUGGUUUGUUCUCGGUUUGGCGGGCAGCAUCUACAAGAGAGAGCACCGGGACUUGCUGAAUCCCUACAUCGCACUGUUUGAGCUAACAACCAACAGACAUUUUCAGGUGACCAACACCAUGACUCGGGGCAAGCACUGUGACACUUGGUCCUAUGUCCUGAUCCCAACAACCAAGCCUGGGCAGUUCACCAUGGAAAACAAAGGUAAGUGCGUUGUGAGUGGGAGGACCAGAGCCGCCUUGGGAAACCUUAUAUGUGUGUGUCCCUCUGGGUCAGGGACUGGAACAGACAAAGAAGAUGUGCAGGUGAUCGAGACAGACUAUACCAAGUUCGCCCUGCUACUGUCCCUCAGAACUACAAGCAGCCAGACCGUCACCAGGGUCAGCCUUCUGGGUAGAAACUGGAGGCUUCCUCAUAAGAUACUAGACAGAUUCAUCUGCCUGACCAGAACCCAGAACCUCAACAAGAAUAACUUCAUCUUCCCUGAUGUGACCGACUGGUUACCUGAUCCAAACAUCUGCUGA